UCUUUAACGAAUUAGAAAAAUUGAUUCAAAAUUUUAAAUAAUAUUUUCAGAAAAUGCCUCACUAUCCUGACGAGAUUGAGUACUCUGAUAAAUACUAUGACGAUGAUUACGAAUACAGGCAUGUCAUGCUACCAAGAACUAUUUAUAAGAAAAUGCCAAGGGGGAGACUUCUGUCUGAAACGGAGUGGAGAGGGCUCGGUGUUCAACAAAGCAGGGGCUGGGCUCAUUAUGAGAUUCACAAACCUGAACCAUUUAUAUUACUAUUUAGAAGGCCAUUAGGAACCGAUCCUCUUACUGGAAAAGCCCCAGAAAUGGCUUAACAGUGUAAAUAACAUUGGUAAUUGAUUUCAUUUUAAAG